GGAGCAGGUCACUGGGAAUAUGACUUUGAAGGGUGUAUGUCGUCCCUGGCCCCUUCCUCUCUGUCUCUGUUUCCUGGCUGUCAUGAGAGAGUCUCACUCUGUAGCUCAAGCUGUCCUUGAACCUGAGUCUGUUCUCCUCCUGAGCCUCCACAUGCUGGGAUUACAGGCAUGAACCACCAAACUCGGGCCAUGAAUGUCGUUUUCAGGCGGGUAGGGAGGCCGGCAGGGCGGGGUACCUGCAGGCUAGCCCAAGCAGACAGAAGACAGCAGUCAGCUGGGAAGGCACAGUCCCCACGGCAGGAUAGCGGCAUGGAAGUAGUGGCAAAGCCCCUGAAAGUGUGCAUCGUGGGUUCCGGGAACUGGGGAUCAGUUGUUUCAAAAAUCAUCGGGAGCAACGUGAAGAACAUGAAGAAGUUCGCACCCACAGUCAAGAUGUGGGUGUUCGAAGAAGUGGUCAGCGGGAGGAAGCUGACAGACAUUAUUAAUAGUGACCAUGAAAACGUCAAGUACCUGCCUGGACACAGGCUGCCAGAGAAUGUAGUGGCCACCCCGAGUCUCAGCCAGGCUGUUCAGGAUGCAGACCUGCUGGUAUUUGCUUCCCCACACCAGUUUGUUCGAACCAUCUGUGAUGAGAUUGCCGACAUAGUUCCCAAGACAGCCCUGGGCCUCAGCCUCAUCAAGGGCAUAGACGAGGGCCCCGAGGGCCUGAAGCUUGUCUCUGACAUCAUCCGAGAGAAGGUGGACAUAGACGUCAGUGUGCUGAUGGGGGCCAACAUAGCCAGCGAGGUGGCUGCAGAGCAGUUCUGUGAGACAACCAUCGGCAGCAAGGUGCUGCAGAACGGCCUUCUCUUCAAAGAGCUGCUGCAGACCCCCAAAUUCCGGGUCACUGUGGUGGAAGACUCAGACACGGUGGAGCUGUGUGGGGCUCUAAAGAAUAUCGUCGCCAUGGGGGUCGGCUUCUGCGACGGCUUCUGUUGUGGAGACAGCACCAAGGCUACUGUCAUCCGCCUGGGCCUCAAGGAAAUGAUUGCUUUUGGGAGGACUUUCUGCAAGGGCCAGGUGUCUACAGCCACUUUCCUGGAGAGCUGUGGGGUGGCUGAUCUUGUCAGUAGCUGCUAUGGGGGACGAAACCGUAAGGUAGCUGAAGCCUUCGCCCGGACAGGAAAGACGAUUGAGGAAUUGGAGAAGGAGAUGCUGAAUGGACAGAAGCUGCAAGGACCACAUACCUCUGCCCAGGUGUACCGCAUCCUCAGGAAAAAGGGGCUGCUGGACAAGUUCCCACUGUUCACAGUUGUGUAUCAGAUCUGCCACGAGGGCAGAGCAGUUGCAGAGAUGAUCCCUUGUCUGCAGAACCACCCAGAGCACAGGUGAAGGGAACAGGGCACUGGUUCAGGUCUUCCUUGCCCAUCUCAGGAUCACACGGAAACCAGGAUGUAAUGGUGAGAUGUUUGUCUGGCUUUCUCCCAUCCUGGACAGAUAUGAAUUAUUAUGGCUUCAUUUCUGGGUCACAAGAGACAGUUUAUUGGCUGAUAUACUGGGUAACAGCUACACAUACACAAUGAAUGUGAAAAAACAAAGCAAAAAAAUACAGCUUG